AUGUUAUUGCAUCUUCAUAAAAACAAUUAUUUUUCAUUUAUUGGCAAAUCAAUUUUUUUAUUACUGGUACUCUUCGAAAUAAGGAUACCGAGGUCAAGUCAGGAUCAUAUUCAGAAUUUAUUAUAUUAUGUUAUAGGUGAUAGGGUUAUAUUUGCUGAGAGUCCGUCUGCUCCUGGUAUACCAGUAGUGUAUAGAACAUCAGAAGAAAGAACAACUAAUCCUGAUCGACUCAAUUUAGACAGACGUAAAUUAAAGAUAUGUCCUAUAUUAGAGGGAGAAGAACAGCUACGUCUGUUGAACUAUCAACAUAACUACAUCUCUCAAAUACAACAUCUGAGUACUUUAAAACGUCUUAUAUUCCUAGAUCUUUAUGAUAAUCAUAUAGAGGAAAUAACAGGAUUAAAUUCAUUAAGAUCUCUUCGUGUUUUAAUGUUGGGUAAAAAUAGAAUAAGAAAAAUUGAAAAUUUAGAGGCUUUAACUAAACUGGAUGUUUUAGAUUUACAUGGUAAUCAGAUUCAGAUUAUAGAAAAUCUAUCACAUCUUGGUGAAUUACGGGUAUUGAAUUUAGCUGGUAAUCAAAUAGUACAUGUUGAUAAUAUCAGUGGCAUGGAUGCUUUAGCUGAAUUAAAUCUUCGUAGAAAUCAAAUACAAACUGUGAUAGAUGUUGAUAAUUUACCUAAUUUACAGAGGUUAUUUCUGAGUAUAAAUGAUAUUAGUUGUUUUGAAGAUAUACAGUGUUUAAGUGAAUCACAUUGUUUAUCUGAAAUAUCACUAGAUGGUAAUCCACUGUGUCAAGAUCAGUAUUAUAAACAAAUUAUAUUGAGAAAUAUGCAGCAGUUAAAACAACUUGAUAUGAAGAAAGUCUCAGAGGAAGAAAGAAGAAUAGCUUUAGUUAUGGCUAGAAAAGAAGCUGAGAAGAGAAGGGAGAGUAAUAAAAUAGCUAUUAUGAAGGAGAAGCGUAGAAUAGCUAUAUCUGGGGUGAAAAGAAAUUGGGAGUUAAAACAAGGAUCUCAUAUAGCUAAAACUGGGAGUUUAAUACGAACAUCUCCUAUGCCGGAAUUAUUUGCAAACCAUAUUGGUACACUAAAGAAUAGUGAUAUAUUAUUUCACAAUGAUAAAGAUGAUAGUGAAUCAAGUGGUAUUACUAAUAUUGAUAAAGGUAUAAGUGAGUAUGCUGAAUUAGAUGGUGAUACUUUUACUCUAUAUGGACAUCAAGCCCUAGAGAAUUUAGAAAGAAACUGGGGAAUUCAGGCAGCAGGAUCAAUUACUACUAUUGUAUUUAAAUUUGUAGACUUUGAACAUGUUGCUAAAAUAUUACACAAAAUACGAACCAGAUUUCCAGCUACGCAGACACUGGUAUUUAGUGCUACAAAUAUCCACAGUUUACAACAAAUUAAUGCAUUAUCUCAUGUAAGAAGACUGGAUAAUUUGACUAUAGAUCUAGAUGGAAAUCCAGUUACUAAAUUUACAUUAUGGAGAAUGUAUACUAUCUUUCGUUUAGCUCAUUUUUCAUUGAAGAAAAUUAAUGACAUAGAGGUCAGUCCAUCAGAUAUAGUAAAUGCUGAAAAAUUGUUUGGACCCUUGUCUCAUAUUACCACAUCUCAACUACCACAAUCUCGAUUAUUAUCUCUUCUUGGUGAAACUAGAAAAAAACAGUUGGUAGCUUUAAGUGAAGAUAAAAAUAGAAAAGGUGAUAAACAUGCUGAGAAAGCUCAAGGAGAAUUUGUAGGUAGAGCUGGUUUGACCUAUCAGAGUGCUGAUAAUCUUACAAAACAACAGGAAUCAGAAGGAAAGAAGAAAAUAGCUAAAAAUUUCAUCAAUGAAUUUUCUAAAGAGACAAUAUUUAACAAUAAGAAACAAUCUGAAUUUCAACGUUUAUGGUCUGUGAUAUUUUAUGAAAUGGUGCAGUCAGCAUUAGGUGAUAUGUCUAAUAUGAGAGAGUAUAUGAAAAAUUGUAUGGAGAUGUGCGAAAAUAGUUAGAAGUACACAAAAACUUCAGUUCAUUAUUAUGCCUGUUUUUUUAAAUGAAAUAUAAUAAGCCAAUAGUAUUAAUGAUCUUGACAUUUCAAAACAUGGAUAUGUCCUGGACAAUUUCAAAUUGUGAAAGGGUCUUGGACUUGUCCUUGAUAUGAAUUAACCUUCUGACUACAUUAACUAAGGUAGAAUUUUGACAUCCAAUGAAUUCAUAUGGCUUAGUGAUCUAACUUUAUGGUAUUUCAAUUAUUUAGUUCUUGUGACUACACAAGGAGCCAAUGUCAAUUAGUGUUGUUUGACUCCAUUCUUUGUCUAACUCCAGAGCCAGCAAGUGUAACUAUUUUGUUUGUAAAUAAGAGUACUUUUUUUUUCUAGCUUUUUGACUGUCAGCUCAACUUGAUUUGUGUUUCAACUUUGAUCUCAACUUUAUAUCCUUUUGUCACUAUGCAAUAAAUCUUAAAUUAUUU